AUGGCCAAUCUGAAGCAGGAGUCGCAGGCGUCCGAGCAGCCUGACCUCAAUUUGCAGCCUCAAAAUCCAGAACUCGACGACGAGGAGGACGAAGACUCCAAGCCCUCCAACAAGAGAGAACGCAGAAAGAUCGAAAUCAGGUUCAUCCAGGAGAAGUCCAGGAGACACAUCACUUUUUCCAAGCGGAAGGCCGGCAUUAUGAAGAAGGCGUACGAGCUUUCUGUUUUGACCGGCACCCAGGUGCUGUUGCUUGUUGUUUCCGAGACAGGGCUCGUGUACACGUUCACGACGCCUAAGCUGCAGCCUCUGGUGACCAAGCCGGAAGGGAAGAACCUUAUCCAGGCCUGUCUGAACGCUCCUGAGGAGCCUUCGAACGAGGACGACGACGCGCAGGCCGGCGGCAUCCCGGACACACACGCUCCCCAGGGCCAUCCUGCGGCCCAGCACAUGCACCCGCAGCUGCAGCCCCAGCAGCCCCAGCAGCCGCUGCCUCCUCCUCCCCAGGGCCAGCCCCAGGCAGACCCCUCCCAGGCCGGCCAGCCCCCAUACCACAUACCCCAGAUGGGCAACAACUACCUGAACCCGGACCAGAGCAACUACUACAUGGGCUUCAACGGCAACCAGGGUUACAACUGA